GUCUGGCUUGCGCCCCAAAACCUUCCCUACGCGGCCACGACAGCAUCCUGCACGGCGUAGGGAGGAAAGGAGCCCCUAGGUCGUUCUGGCAGUUCAGCUACUCCAGCUCGUCUUUCCGAAGGGCGUCGGGGCAGGUCGGAACCUGGGAGGAGGAGCCGGGCCACCCCGGGGCUGCGUUCUCCUGUCACGUCCGAUGGAUGCAGCGUCCGGGCUCGGCCGACGGGAGCCAUCGCUGCCCUGGCGCGAGAGUCUCUUAGAAUCUCAGCCCUUCACGCGGGAAUUCCGUUUACUACAGCUGCCGACGCUGGUGGUUUGUCGCGGAAGUUUGGGGCCCGCAGUCCGUUAGGGUUUCGUAGCAGGUCUGAGGGUGGAGUCUUGGUGUCAGGCUCGGGACGUGGGGCAUUAUGGGAGUCGUAGUUGAGGCCAACGGGAUUUUGGAAUGGUCUCGGGGCAUUCUGGGAGUUGUAGUGUGUGGGCCACAGUGUAGUCCUAGAAAGUGUCGUCGUCCCAGGCCCCCUGGCUCUGGCGCUGCGUACGCAGGUGCCUGGCAUUCUGGCAGUAGUAGUGCGUGAGAGGAGCGCCUCAGCCCUCGCGGGGGAGGCCGCGCUAGGUCUUCGGCAGUGUAGCCUUCCGAGGCCCGCGGGCUCUGGCGCUGUGUGCGCAGGCGCGGGGCGUUCGGGCAUUGGUGGUGGGUGAUGGGAGCGCCUCUGCCCUGGCCCCGCGGCCGCGGUGGGUCCUGGGAAGUGUAGUCGUCCGCGGCCCGGCCUGGUCGGGGGGUCUGGUGUCCGAGGCUGUGGCGGGUAGAGUCUCUCCCCGGACGCGGAUCCGAAAGUCUGGCACGCUUGGGCCCAAGAUACUUAAAGCAGCCCCCUCUGUCCGAGAUCCCCUCCAGGUGGCCCGGGCCGAAGACCACCUGCAGCUCGAGAACGCCUCGUCCCCCCCCCCUCCCGGCUAAAGGCGCAGAGGAAACGCGCCGUCCUGUGACCCCGUUACAGGAGGCGGUGCCGGGCUGUGCCGUUUCCCCCUGCGCUCCUCGGUCCCGCCGCGAGCCAUGUCUCAGCACCUGUGUCAGUGGUCUCAAAGUGGAAUUCCUGGACCAGCAGUAUCAGCAUCACGUGAGAACUUAACUAGAAACGUAUAGUCAUGAGCUCCCUUCCCACACCUUCUGAACCAGAAACUCUGGGUGUGCAGUUCAACAGCCACUCCCAAGUGACUCUGAUGCUGACCCAUCCUGGGUGUGGGGGGUUCAGCUGGGGCAAACAAAAUCUCUGGCAGUUGUUUCACAGAGGUGGGGGUAAGAAGGCCAACUGUCUGAUUUAGUUCCUGUUUUUAGUUGUACUUCUCUGCCCUACGUACGUUGUCUCAUGCUUGUCUCCAAACCAGAUGCUCUCCCAAAUUUGCUGGGGAGUCCACUUUCCAUCUGUGCUGCAGAUUCCGUUGUUGAGAAAAUAGCUUCCUUUACUAGGGUCAGUGUCAUUCAGAGAUGUGGCCAUAGACUUCUCCCAGGAGGAGUGGGAAUGGCUUCAGCCUACUCAAAGAGAUUUGUACAGACAUGUGAUGUUGGAGAACUACAGCCACCUGGUUUCACUGGCAGGUCUUAACGUUUCUAAGCCAUAUGUGGUUUCCUUAUUGGAGCAAGGGAAAGAGCCCUGGUUGGAGAAAAGAGGUGUGAGAAGAGAUCUGUUUUCAGAACCAAAUCAUGAGGUCAAAGAGUUUUCUCAAAAAAAUGUCAUUUAUGAAGAUGACUCACCCCAGUGUUUGGUAGUGGAAAGAAUUCUAAGCCACGGCCCUGAAUAUUCCAGUUUUAAAGGAGGCUGGAAAUUCGAGGAAGAUACUCAGAUGCAAGGAAAUCAGGGGUGUAUCCGGCAAGGAACAGUGUCUCAUCAGGGAGCCCUGUCUCAGCACACGAGUAUCAAUACCGUGGAGAGGCCCCAUGGAUGUCAUGAAUGUGGGAAGACUUUCAGUCGGCGCUUUUCCCUUGUGCUACAUCAGAGAACUCAUACUGGAGAGAAACCAUACGUAUGUAAGGAAUGUGGCAAAACCUUUAGCCAGAUCUCAAACCUUGUGAAACAUCAGAUGAUACAUACUGGAAAGAAACCCCAUGAGUGUAAGGACUGUAAUAAAACGUUCAGUUAUCUCUCAUUCCUCAUUGAACACCAGAGAACACAUACUGGGGAGAAACCCUAUGAAUGUACUGAAUGUGGAAAGGCCUUUAGCCGUGCCUCAAACCUCACUCGACAUCAGAGAAUUCAUAUAGGAAAGAAACAGUAUAUAUGUAGGAAAUGUGGGAAAGCCUUUAGCAGUGGCUCAGAACUCAUUCGCCAUCAGAUUACACAUACCGGAGAGAAACCUUAUGAAUGCAUUGAAUGUGGGAAGGCAUUUCGCCGUUCUUCACACCUUACUCGGCAUCAGAGCAUCCAUACUACCAAAACCCCCUAUGAAUGUAAUGAGUGUAGGAAAGCCUUCCGAUGCCACUCAUUCCUUAUUAAACAUCAGAGAAUUCAUGCUGGAGAAAAGCUCUAUGAAUGCGAUGACUGUGGUAAAGUUUUCACGUGGCACGCAUCCCUUAUGCAACAUAUGAAAAUUCAUACUGGAGAAAAGCCCUAUGCGUGUACUGAAUGUAAUAAAACCUUUAGCCGGAGCUUUUCCCUCAUUCUACAUCAGAUAACUCACACUGGGGAGAAGCCCUAUGUAUGUAAGUUUUGCAAUAAGUCCUUCAGCUGGAGCUCAAACCUUGCCAAACAUCAGAGAACACACACUCUAGAGAACCCUUACGAAUAUGAGAAUUCAUUUAAUUAUCACUCGUUCCUUACUGAACACAAAGAAAUUCAUGCUAUAGCGAAAACAUAAGAAUAUGGAUUAAGAAAAGCAAACAGUUAAUGCCUUAACUUUGACUUCAAAGGAUUCUUGGAAAGAAGCCUUAUGUGAAUAUGUUCAAUGUGAAGAAAAAUGGGUCAUACUUGAUUCAACAUCCUGGAGAAAAAAUAACCUAGGAAUAUGUGGGAAAGCCAUUAAUAGCUUUGCAUUCUUUUUGUAAUAUCAGAAGAUGAAAUCAGUCAAUACUGAGAAGACUUCAUCUGGUGAGAUUCCCUUACUCUACAUUUGUAACUUCCUACCAGACAAGGAUACGUGGCCACUAGAUGUGAGAAAGCUUUUAAUUAGAAAUUGGCCCUAAUUCUGCAUCUGUCGGCUCAAACAGGGCAGAAUGUGUGGGUAAGAUUGCACUUUUUCUUGGACAUCAGAAAAUUCAUAAUGAAGCAAAGUCAUGCAAACACAAUGAUUCAGGAGUGUUUUUUGUACCAUGCAAUAUUUAUUAGGUUUUAAAAUACUCUUCUAAAGAGAAAACACAACACUAUAAAUGAACUGAAUAUAGGGUGACUUUCUGCAUUAUAUCAAACUACAGAAUUAUACUGGGGCAAGAACUACCAUUGUAAUGAGUGUGGCAAAAUCUUAAGAGUUCUGAGAAGUCAUACUGGAGGGAAUCUGUGGGAGGGUUUUUUUUUUUUUUUCUUUUUUUUUUCUUCUUUUUUUGGGGGUGAGGCGAUUUUUGCUUUAAAGCAAAUUCAAAAAGCUAUGAAUAAAUAUUUUAUUUUCUAGUUAAUUAAUCUAGUACUUGCAGAGUUUUUUCCACACAUUUGUGAUUGUGAAAAUGCAACUACCACAAUAUCGAUAUCACUAACAAGAGUAGUGCGCUUUUGUUGAAACAUACAUGAUUACUGAAACCUUUUUAAUAUAUUAUGGCUUUAACUGUGAGACAAUUUAGAUUUAAGGUUAUGCUAACUCAUGUUUAUCCUUGAAUAUGACUAGACCUGUUUUAGUCUGAAAUAAAUGUAAAUAAGGUGUGUCACAGGAAAAUGCCAAGGUACUUUUCCUCUUGUUCCAUUUACAGUAGGAACAUUUCUUUUGUAAGCACGUAUUUGUCAAAAUAAAUCAGAUGAUGUUUUCAAUCUCCAUGUA